AUGUAUUCACGCGGAACCGGAAAACCAACUAUUGUCUUGGAGGCUGUCGCUUCGUAUGAUCUCUGGAUAUGGCAUGCAUUCUUUGGAGCUCCAGGUACUAUGAACGAUCUUAAUAUUCUUGAUCGAUCGCCUGUUUUUGAUGACGUUAUUAACGGCAUCGCGCCACAAGUCAACUAUUAUGUCAACGGAAAAGAGUACCAUCUAGCAUAUUAUCUAGCAGAUGGUAUAUAUCCUAAAUGGGCAACUUUUAUUCAAUCUAUUCGGCUACCUCAAACUGAAAUGCAGACAAAGUUUGCUACAACCCAAGAAGCAGUUCGUAAAGAUGUUGAGCGUGCCUUCGGAGUCUUGCAAGCAAGAUUUGCCGUUGUCAAAAAUCCUUCUAAGUUAUGGGAUAAAGAAAAAAUUGGAAAUAUUAUGAAAGCAUGUAUCAUACUUCAUAAUAUGAUUGUCGAAGAUGAAAAAGAUGCAAACACUCUGGAAGAAUUUGAAGAUGAGGAUUUAAACUUUACUGUUAAAAGAUCAAACAAUACCGGCUGUUCAAUUGCUCGUCGGCAAGAAGUUCGGAAUCCACAUACCCAUCAACAAUUAAAACAAGAUUUGGUUGAACAUAUAUGGGCUAAAUUUGGACAUAUUCCAAAUUAA